AUCUUUCGUGAUGAUUUCAAUAGUGAAAAGGGCUCUAAUAAGAUAGAACAGGGAUGUGAUUUGUCCGCAGAUUCGCGGAAUUCCGCGGAUCUAAUGAUAUUCCAAUUUGCUUCAAAUUAAAGUCAGAUGAACCCUCAAAAGAGCUUCUGAAAAGCCAGUUUUUCUUCUACGGCAGUGUGCUUUUAACCCCAUAAGUGCCCCAAGAACCCAUGGCUGAAAUGGCUUCAGCCCUCCAGCUGCCAGGUCAAUCACAUCCCUGUAGAAGCAGCUAAAAGAGCAUCUGUGAAAAAGGCUCUACCGAAAAAGGGGGCAGGGUGGUAAGAAAAGGGGCAGGGUUGGACCGCCCUCAAAAAACGGGCUAGGUGGAGUUAUACCUACUUUUGAUUUUCAAUUUGUUCUUUUUUAUUGCAAGGAAAUGUCAACAACAUUUAAACCUGUUUUCAAGUUGAUAUUUGGAAAAAUGUUCAAAUGGGUGAAUUAUAAUUUGUGUGUAAAUGAGAUUUUAUACAAGAAUAUUGAUCAGAACCUUUAAUUGGUUGUAUAAAAUUAUUGUUUAUUUAAAAGAUGUUCAAUUGUUGGGACUUUAUUUUAGCCAGUCAUACUUAAGAUAUUUUUAUGCUCCGAAGGUAGGCAUGUAGUAGUCACAUCUUAUUGUGUUCAUCCGUCCAUUACAAUUAUGUCUCAGCUGUAACAUACUUAAGUUUAGUCAAAUUUUGAUCAACUUCACAUAAAUGUUCAACAACAUGGGAAGGUGUUUUGCGUUUAGCCCUUCAGGGUCAAGGUCACACUUAGAGGUCAGUUGACUUAUUAUUCAUUCUGAUAAUGCCAAAUUGGAUGACAGCUUUUGUUAGGUUCUAAUAUCUUAUACAGUACAAACACAAUGAAAGAGAAACAAAAAAACGAUUUUUGCAAACAACAGUCCUUAAUUUAACUAAUAGUGAUUAAUUUAUUGUACUAUUAUGACACUAUUCAGCACAGAUCAUUAGUAUGUUCUUGUCAUUAUUCAUUUUGAUAUUACACCAGAAAUGCAGAAUCACUUAUAUGAGCCAUACUGCUGCUUUCUACACUUUGAUAUUAUUAUUGAUCGACUAGGUUACAGAGGCUGAAAUGCCUUGUUAUGCAUAAAUUCCAGGCAUUGAUUAUUCUGGAAAUUCCCAGCCACAAUCAAUAUGUCCAAUAUGGUUCUGGUGUGCUGCUCAGUUUGGGAAUUGUAAAUUACUGUUUAAUUCUGGUGUUUAGUCUCUGAUGUAUAGGAAUUCUUUAGAAAAAUAGGACAACAAAUGCCUUUUUGCCAUUUUGUUGUGGAGUUUAUGUGUGAAACUCUGGGAGUAAUGCCAGAAACACUCAUGAAUUGUGAUUUUUUCUGUCUGUGAAAGCAUUUGCUACCUACAAUUAUAGCAAAUAUUUGGAUAUUUUAAAGAUAUCUCAGAAUUGUAAAAGAGUAAAUAAGUACUAGAUUGGAUUAUUUACAAGAAACAUGCCACAGGAUUAGUAUGCUUUAUGUACAUACAAAUCUGACAUUGUAAUAAUUGAUGCAAUGUCUGUACACAGUGUUCACAUACAACUGUGUACAUCAAUUGAGCAUUCAGAGAAUGAAAACAUAGAAAAUGUUUAAUGAUCAUCAUUAACCAGAUUAUUACCAGAUUGUAAUUAUUGCCAUAUUAAAUUGGCUCUUUGGAACAUCAAAGUGAUUUACCAACAGUGGCUCUUUGCUGGCCAGGAUUUUUACCUGGGUUUAAAUUAGCAUAUAUUAAACUGAUGAACAAAGUAGAAAAUUUAACUGUUUUGUAUUGAAUUAUGAAUGAGAUUUACCACCAAUUGAACUAUUCACACAAGAGGAUGGUAUAAACGAUUUAUGGUUUGAGCUCCAUAGACCAAGUGUUACUGCAGAUUCAAGAUUUCCUGGAAUUAGAAUAAAUUGGACUUGUCAUGCAGAGUGUGUCUUAAAUCUUUGGUUCCAUUAUGAAAUGGUAUCCAUUAACAAUCCCAUUGGUGGAACAGAGUAUUGAUUUGAGUUUUGGAAUGUGGUAACAUGAGCUUUAUUGGUAAUUUCUUAAAUUUUAUAAGAUGCCAUCAGCUGCAUGACAAAUUGGAUUUGCAUGAAGCGAGCUGAUUUUGGUUUUGAAUAUCUGUUUCUAGAAUAUCUGUGUACAUAGAAAUUGUCUGUCCAUUUUAAAAUCAAUACGAGUCAGACAUAACAAAAACAGAGACGUUUGUCAAAUAAUUUCACUUCAAAUAAGAUUAUAUUGAAAAACAAACAAAAUGGCUGAAGAGACGAUAUAUUUAUGUAAGUUCCGAGUGUCUGUUGAUGGAGACUGGCUUUGCCUGAGGGAGCUGAGUGAUGUUCAGUUUGAAAUGCCCCCAUCGUUGAGUAACUCCAUGAUUGAGGACGAUGAUCGAGACCCAAAAACAAUUGAGCGAGCAAAUUUACUAAAUGUAGCCAAAUUGAUAAUAAAGGAGUUGAUAGACUCUUCAAUGGCACAUGGGCGCAUGUUAGAUGAUGACCACGAGCCCUUACAGCAGUUCUUUAUUGUACUGGAGCACAUCUUAAGACAUGGCCUCAGGCCAAAAAAGAGUAUACUGCGGGACAGGCGUGACUUUUGGUGUGUACUGGAGCUGGUAGAAAAGUUUGUGCCUGAGGCCGCCGAGAUUACAGCAACAGUCAGGGACAUGCCUCGCCUCAAGACGCCACUUGGCAAGGCGAGAGCGUGGUUACGACUAUCGGCCAUGCAGAAAACACUUGCAGACUAUUUCAAAGUCCUCAUUGAGAAAAGGGACAUGGUUUUAACUGAGUAUUAUGAGCCUGGUGCGAUGUUAAUAGAGGACGAGGGUACAGUGGUUGCCGGCCUGCUGGUUGGGCUCAAUGUUAUAGACUGUAACCUUGGCAUCAAAGACGAAAACCUAGACACACCGAUGGGUGUGGUAGACUUCAGUUUGUAUCUCAAGGACACACGAUUGGAUGAAUCUGACCCUGAGGCUGAAAGUACUGCAAUGCAAGAGAAAAUGCAGACAAUUCUCGACCAGAAAAAUUACUUGGAGGAACUAAAUCGGCACCUUAACACAACAGUGGCAAACUUGCAACAGAAAUUAGAAAUGGCCAGUACAACCAAUGCAUUAAUGAAAGAAGACCUUGCUAUAGCCAAAAAUGAAAUUAUAGAACUAAAAGAGGAGAAAGAUGUCGCUGAAUCUCAGCGUGACACCAUUCUACACGUACACAAGCAUCAUAUUGAGGAAUCAAAGAAGGACAUCGAUGUUGAGCGCCAGACGUACCAGCAGUCGAGGGCGGGUCUGGACGAGAUGUAUGCCGAUGUGAAGAAAAGACUAGACGAGGAAAUACAACUCAGACUCGACGUUGAGAAGGAGAUGGAGCUGCAGAUCAGCAUGAAGCAGGAGAUAGAGAUGGCCCUGCAGUUGCUUGAAAAGGACAUUCAUGAGAAGCAGGACACCAUCAUCGGCCUGCGCAAACAACUAGAGGACGUCAAAAACAUCAACCUCCAGAUGUACGAUAAACUAGAGCACUGUGAUACUUCCCUAAAACACAAAACUGAGAUGGUCAGUAAACUGGAGGAGAAGACCAAUCAUCUUGUAUCCGUUCUCAAGGAAAAUGAGAAAAAACUGAAACAAUGUGAGAGUGACAAGAAUGCAGCAGAAGAAACUGCCCGAAAGCUCGGCCAAACCCUCGCGGAUAAAGAUGCCAAAAGAACAGCAUUGGAGACCGACCUGAGGAUUGAACGAGAGUGGCGCGGAAAUCUGCAGAAAAAUCUCGAUACAGAGAAGGCCAAAUAUACAGCGCAACAGAAGGAGCUUCAGCAGCUCCGGCAGGUUGAGCAAGCCCACGAGACACUUCAAAGGGAAUACAGGCAGUUACAGCGCACGUGUGAAGAACAGGAAAAGACUCUGGCCGAACUUGGCUCACAUCUUAGCGAGUCUAAGCUUCGAGUGGAAGAUUUGCGCGAGCUACAGCAGGUGAACAAGGAGGCCACAUGGGCUAGCGACAAGGAGGUGACCAACUGUAAACAAUGUGAAAAGGCCUUCUCUGUAGCCAGGAGAAAGCACCACUGCCGUAACUGUGGAGAGAUAUUCUGCGCGGAGUGUUCUGACAAUAAAAUGCCUCACCCUUCCUCAUCCAAACCGGUGCGAGUUUGUGAUUCCUGUCAUGAAAUACUUCUUCAGAGAUACUCAGCUGGUGGGAACUAGUGCAAUACAUAUAUAUGAUAUACAUUACCUGUAUACAUAAGUGCUUUUAAGUCGUUCAUCCAAGCCCGGUUUAAGUUUUGUUGCCUUCACAGUCUCUGUAUAAUAAAUAAUACAGUCUUCACGCUGUGCAAGAAGCUAAUAUAAGGGUUUGGAAUUUAUAAAGGACCAAUAACUUCUCUUAUUAAAGCAGUAUCAUUUACUGUCCAUUUCUAAUGUAUUGAUUAUGUAUAAAAAUCAUGUAAUAAAAUAUUUUAAUUCAA